GGAUGGGGAGAAGAGGAGUGGAAUGAGGAAGAGUGUGCGGACCGUACGGACGGGGAGUGGGAAGGGGCUUUGAGAGAGAGAUGGCGUGCCGAAGUGGGUGCUGAAGGAAAGGGUCUCUUGAGAGCCGAGCUUCUAUACGAUCAUGCUACUGUCACACCUGCCACACCUGCUACUGUUCGGAAUGGGCCCCUUCUCACACCUACUGCUGAUAGGAAAGAGGCCUCCCUCACAACUACUGCUACUGCUCGUGCUGCUGCUGCAGUCAGCACAGUAACUGCCACUACUCAUCCUCCUCCUGCCGUUGCCGGCAACUUUGCUGACCUGUAUGCUGCUCCUCCUCCUCCUGCUUCCAUGGUCCAUGAUUCUUCCCCUACCGUCUGCUCGUCUGCGCCUACUGCCCUCUCCUCUGCGCCGACUACCCUCGCCUCUGCUCCUGCCGGUCACUCCCCGGCUGCUGCUGGGAGCCAUCUCCCACUGGACCGUCCCUCUCCUACUCUCCAACCGCGCCCCCGUGUUCUCCGCAAGGCCGCAUCUACAGCAUGCGAAACGGAGGUGUCUAGUGGGACAGUGAGCAUUGUCCCAUCUGCUCCUGCUACUCACUGUGCCAGUGCCAACGCAUGUCACAGCCGCAGCACCAGCACCAGCACCAGCAACAGCAGCACCAGCACGAGUGGCAGCAAGCGCAACAACGUUACCAGCGGCAGCAUGCGUAACAACGUUACCAGCAGCAGCGUUGACAUUGCCAGCAUCCAUAACAGUCUGGUGGUCAGAGCCCUGACCUCCCCUCGUGUGCGAUCAGUGGUGGCCAGGACGGCAAAGCAGUGGGAGCAUGAUGAGCAGUCCGGAGAGGUGAACAGCCCCCGCCUGCCUAGUGACUCGACUCAACAGUCAUCCAGAGCCUUAGCGUCCCCCCGCGAGCGAUCGGCAGUUGCCAGAUCGGCAAAGCAGUGGGCGUAUGAUGAGCCGUGGGGAGAAGUGCGCAGUCCCCGCCUGCCCAGCUUACUAGAGCUUGAGGGGGAGGGGGAGGGGGAGGAGGGGCAGAAGGGGAGAGCAGGCAAGGGGACAAGGAAGAGAAUGCAGCAGCAACAGCAGCAACAGCAGCAGCAGCAGCAGCAGCAGCAGCAGCAGCAGCAGUGGCAGCGGAAUCAGCAGGAGCAGUGGGAGAAUGAGGAGAACGCACACAAGCACCCAUCUCUCCCCUUACAGCCCUACAGCAGUUUCACCAUCCCCCCUUUCCUCCCGACUCUACCUCAACUUCCACCUCCCAAGACGUCCCCGGAGCACCCCCGAACCUCGAAGCCAGGUUCGUCAGGGCUGCCUCCCAGCCUGUUCCCAGGGCUUGUCCCGAGCCUGCCUCCCAGCCUGGGCACAAGCGGCGAGUGUCCUUCAACUCAGUGGUGCAGGUUCGGACGAUUACCCAGUGCAGUAGUGGUGGUAAAGACACACUGCCUGGAAGUAGCAGCAGCAGCACAGGGGGAGGGCAUAGGGGUUGGGAUCCUAGUGUUAGUAGGGAUAGAGCAGUUACUGCAGCAGGGGCUGCAGCAAGGGGAAGCGGAGCAGCAGCAGGAGCAACGGCAGGGGCAAUGGCAGGAGCAGCCGCAGGAGUAGCAACAGGAGCAACCGCAGGAGCAGCUGCUGUAGUAGCAGGAGGAUCAAGAACAGGUGGAGAAGGGGGAGCGGGAGGGAGGAGGGGUGGGAUUGGUAGCAGCAGAGCGGGUGAGCCCGAUGUCAAGGAAACUCGGGGUGAGCGACAAAAAACGUCACUGGCAACAAUCCUUCAUUGAUUGCAAGCGUUCUAAACAAGGGCAAUAACAAGGGAGUAUUCCUUUGCGUGCCUGUAUGUGAGCUUGUGAUCAAAUCUGUGUCGUACCGUGCUGUACCACGAUAUCAAAUUUUGCACUGCUGAGUACCGUGCUGAGUACCAGAUUCCUCAUCCUUCUAAUUGUGCUCAUAUGGAUCCAUAUGUGUAUGGCAUGGACAAAGUGCGGCUUUUUUAGAGAGUAUGGUUGAUCCACUGAAUGUUAAAGGCUGUUGUUGUGAACUAGCAUUACUCUGUCG